AAAUUUGGUGUUCCCAAAAGCAAAAAUGAGUGCAUAAAAGCAACUCAUUUUAUGAGCUCUUCCCGCUUCAGUUUCUCUCUCGAAAAAUAUCCGGCAUGGCAUCUUCGUCCGACCUGAACCCGAGCCCAUCAUUCUUCACCAGAUUCGACCCGAACUCCAUCUUCGUCCAAGCCGACCCAUCCACGUUCCGGGCCGUGGUCCAGCGCCUCACCGGAAAAACCAUCUCCGGCGACAUAGGUCCCCGGAGGCCAGCCUUCAAGCUCCAAGAGCGGCGCCCAACCGCCAUCAAACUCGUCAAGCUGCAUAAUUCUCCGGCGAUAAGUCACCGGAGACUCGCCGGAGAAGGCAUGUUGAUGGCGUCUCCGGUUUCGCCGCUGGAGUGCAUGGCGGCGCCGGAGGAAAGAGGCAGUGGAGAAAAGGGAUUUUAUUUGCAGCCGAGCCCGUUGAGCACGCCGAGAGGUUCCCACCCGCCGGAGCUGCUGCCGCUCUUCCCUCUGCGUUCACCCACAGAUAAUUAGUUAUAGUAAUUAAUUUCCUAAUCACUUAAUUACUAGUGCUAUUAUUUUUUAAUUAUUGGUUUAGUGUAUUAUAAUUAUAAAUGUGUGUAUGUGUUACAUUACUGGUUGAUUUGUGGAUGUCCUUGAUGAAAUGUUAA